CCAAGAUCACGGCACCUCUCUCUGGAGGCUGAAAGUAGUCCCUCCGGCCCGUUUAUUUUGUGAAAUUGGCAGGGUGUCAUCAACUGUACCCACUCAGAAGGGUAGCUGGGAAAAUGAAAAAGAUACCCUAAACUCAGCAACUACAUAAUAUCUCCCCACUCCCGAGACCUGGAACUGUGUCAAGUCCAAAGCCUCCGGGCGAACACUUACCAUGCAGUUUUUGACUGCGGUAAGUCCACAGUCAUUCUCUACCCCGAGCUGGAAGGUCGAGACCAAGUACUCAACCCGAGUGCUCACUGGAAACUGGGUGGAAGAGAGGAAGAAGUUCACCAAAGCCACUGAGAAAACACCUCAGUGCAUUUACAGAAAAGAGUAUGUCCCCUUCCCGGACCACAGACCAGACCAGAUCUCCAGGUGGUACGGCAAGAGGAGAAUUGAGGGCUUCCCGUACAAACACCUGAUCACGCACCACCAGGAGCCCUCCCACCGCCAUCUGAUCAGCACCUAUGAUGACCACUACAACCGGCACAGCUACAACCCAGACCUGCCCCCACAUCGCUCUUGGAGUGGACACAAGUUGCUGUGGCUCCCAGAGAAAUCAGACUUCCCCCUUCUUGCUCCCCCUACAAACUACGGACUCUAUGAGCAGCUGCGGUGGAGAUGGCUGGCACCCAAGGCUGCCCCGAGGGAGAGCAUUUACACCUCGUCCUACCCUAGACCACCACUACAUGCUUUGUCCCGGCGCGAGCAUGCCAUCCCUGUCCCUCCCCCUCGUCUGCACCCGGUCCCGCGCUUCUGAGAGUGGCCACUCCACAGGCAAUGUGGGCAGAGCCCACCGGAGACCCGCUGUGCAGUUGGACCUGUCAGGCAGCAGGCGGCGGCAGACACACUCAGAGUUUUUGAUCUGGCCCCGCCAAGGGUCCCCUAGAAUCAUGGUCUGUGUUUCAUGGAUCCCACCCCUCCUCCAAACCCUCAGGUUCCUUUCUUUUCCAUCUCACAAUUAAAGCUCUUUG